AUGGCCGAUGCAGCGCCCCAGAGCCCACGGCCAGCAACGGCAGAUCCCCUCCACCAAGCCGGCGGCGGUGUCAGUGGGGAGAAGCAAACGGUCAGGAACCUAAAUGCCGCAGUGCUACCGCAUCUAAACCAGAUAUUCAACUCGCAUGCGGACAAGAACAAUAAGAAAUGGCACAAGGAGCAGAUCGCCACGUUCGCAAAGCACGUGCAAAAGGACGAGGGCGCUCUACCGGCUGCCCUGGCGGCUAAGGAGGAGCUGGACUUCAAUGGCUUUCUGCAUUACAUGACCUCGUCGUCUUCGAACAUCGUCGCCCCUUCUAACAAUCAGGACUUCUCGUGGCCGCUCUCUAGCUACUUCAUCAGCUCCAGCCACAAUACCUACCUCACGGGGAAUCAGCUGUACAGCGACUCGAGCACGGACGCUUACAAGAAUGUCUUGCUACGCGGCUGUCGGUGCAUCGAAAUCGAUGUGUGGGACGGCGAUGACUCGGAUUCGGAGACCUCAGAGAGCAGCCUUAGCAGCAGCGAUGAGGACGAGCCCAGGAAGUAUGAGAAGACCAAGUCUAGAGUGGCCAAGGCCAAGACCAAGCUGCCGAACUCGGUGAUCUCACGGUUCGAGAAGACUUCCCUUUCUAAAAAGCUCGACAACUACGUCGAGAAGAAGAAGCCUGAAGGAGGCUCCGCAGCUCCUACCACAACCACUCCGGCGGUGACAUCGCCAGCACAGGUUGUGCCCAAGACAGCGGACCCUUCCGCGGCUGUGCCCCCAGCAACUCCAGCUCCAGUGUUGGCAACGGCACCGACUACGACGACACCGGUGCCGAGAACUGCCGCCUUAAACAAGACAACCAGCCCACAGGCGGCUAUUGUCGAACCGCGAGUGCUACACGGAUACACGCUCACGAAAGAAGUCUCCUUCCGAGAUGUGUGUGCAGCGAUCCGUGACUACGGCUUCGUCGUCACGGAUCUACCCCUAAUUGUCAGCUUGGAGGUCCACGCCGGUCCGGAGCAGCAAGAGGUCAUGGUCAAGAUCAUGGAGCAGAUCUGGAAAGACUACCUCCUCCCACCGCCCAAGUCAGAUGCUGAGACCCUCCCGCCGCCGGGCGAUCUGCGCAACAAGAUCCUCGUCAAGGUCAAAUAUGCCCCCCCUCAUAAGGAGGCAGCCGACACGAAACCAGAGGGAGACCCCGAUUCUGAAGCUGAAGAAGAGCGGGUUCCCGCUGACGGGAAGAAGAAGAAGAAGCCGUCCAAGAUCAUCCAGGCGCUGAGCAGCCUCGGCAUCUACACCCGUGGCGUGUCCUUCAAGAGCUUGACUCAGCCGGAGGCGUCGAUGCCGACGCACAUCUUCUCGCUGUCGGAGAAAGGGGUUAUGAGCGUGCAUGAGGCGAACGGCGAGGCGCUGUUUAAUCACAAUAAGCAGUACAUGAUGAGGGCUUAUCCGUCAGGGUUGCGGAUCAGAUCGUCUAAUCUCGACCCAGCUGUAUUCUGGAGAAAGGGCAUACAGAUUGUGGCGCUGAACUGGCAGAACUGGGACGAGGGCAUGAUGCUCAACGAAGCCAUGUUUGCGGGCACAGGCGGAUAUGUUUUAAAGCCUCAAGGCUACCGAGCAGAAAAGCAUUCUGGAUCCGUUGCAGCAACCAAAGACAAACAGGACACCCAAGCCACAGCCAUCAUACACAAGACGCUUGAUCUCACCAUCGAGGUCUUCGCAGCGCAGAAUCUGCCCCUGCCUCACGAGGACGACACCGCCAAGGGCUUCCGGCCGUACGUCAAGAUGGAGCUGCACGUGGAGGAGCCGAACGAGCGGCACGGGGGCAUGGGCAAGGCGGACGGCAAGGAGUCGGAGGGCGAGUACAAGGCCAGGACCAAGACGCUGAAGGGGUGCGACCCGGACUGGAAGGGCGAGAAGGUCACGUUCACGGACAUCCCAGGUGUCGUGGAGGAGCUGGCGUUUGUGCGGUUCAUUGUGCGGGACGACGAGAUCGGCCGGGACGAUCUGUCGAGCUGGGCUGCUGUGCGCCUCGAUCGCCUGCAGCAGGGGUACAGAUUCGUGCAUCUGAUGGAUGCUGCAGGCCAGGAGACCGAGAGCGUGAUACUAGUGAAGGCGACGAAGAAGUUGUCUUAA